AUGAGGUUCACGCACCUCCUCCCCCUCCUGCCGCUGUGCUGGGCGGCCUCAAAGGAUGCGCUCAACACGCUUGUCGACCUCGCUGCUGCAAGCAACGGUCUCAUCAACCUCGACGGCAAUACCUUCGACCUGUUGACUUCGCCGAAGCGCAACUGGUCGGCCUCCAUUCAAUUCACUGCCAUGGACCAACGGAGGCGAUGUGCACCUUGCAGAGAAUUUGACCCGUCGUGGGUUGAGGUAGCCAAAGCAUGGUCCAAGACGCCAAAAGAGCAUCGUGACCAGCAUUUCUUCGCGACGCUCGACUUUGAUAAUUCCCAAGCAACCUUUCAAAAGCUCGGCCUGCAAUCCGCGCCUGUCGUCUUCGUGUACCCUGCCGCAGAGGGACCUCGUCAAUUGCCCAGCGGGCGAACCACCCCCUCGAAAUAUGACUUCUCACAUGGCUUUGAAGCCGGACCUUUGGCAGAACACCUUUCCAAUCACACCCCCAUUCCUAUUCCAUACAAGGCACCUUUCGAUUACGCUGGCUGGACGCUCACUGCAGUCGGCGGACUUGCAUUCCUUUUAACACUGCGCUUCAUCUCCCCCAUCCUUCAAUCCCGCUGGACCUGGGCCGCCGGUAGCAUCGUCACCAUGCUCGUCAUGGUCUCAGGUUUCAUGUUUACUCGUAUCAGAGGUUCACCUUUCACCGGUGGGGACGGUUCGUGGAUUGCUGCUGGUUAUCAAAACCAAUACGGACAGGAAGUCCAGGUUAUUGCCAUGAUUUACGGUAUCCUCGCUGCGACUAUUGUCAUUCUAAUUGUCCAGACACCCAAGCAAGCUUCCCCCAACAGACAAAGAAUGCAGAUUUACGCGUUCACCGCAGCAAAUCUCCUCGUAUACUCCAUCUUGGUGACCAUCUUCAGGGUCAAGAACAGAGGAUAUCCAUUCAAACUAUUAUUCUAA